AUUACUCACUUUCCAUGAGAUAGCUCCUCUGAAAAUGCAGUUGAAAUCGAGCUCCAUUGCUGCUGGUUCGUCGAUUUAACUGAGAACAGCACUUGUGAGUUCUUCGCUCUGUUUGAGUUAGAGCUUGAAAUCUUCAUCCUGUUUAGUUUAGUUUUUUUUUCAAUGGCGGGGACUCUAUGGCUAUGUUUCGGUGCGAUCCUUCUAUCGGUGGUUUUUGGCGCUGAAUCGAAGUUCAUGGUGUAUAAUACCUCGCAGAGUGUUGUUCCUGGGAAGCUUAAUGUUCACUUGGUCGCGCAUACGCAUGACGAUGUAGGAUGGUUGAAGACGGUUGAUCAGUAUUAUGUUGGCUCUAAUAACUCCAUUCAGGGAGCUUGCGUGCAGAAUGUGUUGGAUUCUAUGGUUACAGCUCUACUGGCUGACUCGAAUCGAAAAUUUAUAUAUGUAGAGCAGGUGCGUUGUUUCUUCUUUGUUCUAGUUCUGCAAAUUAACUCAAUGUCCUUGAUGACACUCGUUCCCUUCUCCAAUCGAUGUGGGACCCAAAAUUUUGUAAAGGCCUACUUAGGCAACAAUCCUUCUGUAACUCCAAAAUUUUGGCUUGCAUUUCCAGUUUCAGUUCCACCAUUUGGCUUCAGCACAUAUAUUAUCUCAACCUCCAGGAGGGCAGGCGUUAAUUCAAUAAAAUCUUCUAUUCAUACAUUUCCGAGCGGUGAUAUUUCCACUUUUCAAGUCGGUAACGGAAACUUGCAGCUUAAAUUUUCUGCAGAUCAAGGAAAAAUUGUUUAUGGAAACAGCAAGAGUUUGGUUGAUGAAUUGGUUGAUCAAUCAUACAGCUACUAUCCAGGGUAUGAUGGAAGACGGGACAAAGCUCCACAGAAUGCUGGGGCUUAUAUUUUCCGUCCAAAUGGGACAUUUCCCAUAGUUCCCAAUAAACAGGUUCCCGUGACAGUUAUACGAGGUCCGUUGAUCAAAGAAGUACAUCAACAGAUAAAUCCCUGGAUCUAUCAGGUAACCAGACUUCAAAAGGGAAGAGAGCACGUUGAAGUAGAAUUUACUGUUGGGCCGAUACCUAUUGAUGAUGGAGUUGGCAAAGAAGUAGCAACUCAAAUUACGACAUCUAUGAAAACCAACAAAACAUUUUAUACAGAUUCCAAUGGCAGAGAUUUCAUCAAAAGGAUUCGAGACUAUAGAGCAGACUGGAACCUGGAAGUGAACCAACCCGUUGCAGGAAAUUAUUAUCCAAUAAAUCUUGGGAUCUAUACACAAGAUGAUAAGAAAGAAUUUUCAGUUUUGGUGGACCGUGCUGUAGGGGGCUCCAGCCUAGUUGAUGGGCAGUUAGAGCUGAUGCUUCACAGGAGGCUGUUACUAGAUGAUUCCAGAGGUGUUGAAGAGGCUUUGAAUGAAACAGUUUGUAUUCAUAAUGAAUGCAGAGGACUAAUCAUUCAAGGAAGGUUAUAUUACAGAAUUGACCCUUUAGGAGAAGGUGCAAAAUGGCGACGUUCUUUUGGUCAGGAGGUCUUUUCUCCACUUCUCCUAGCCUUUGCUGAACAGGAUGGAGAUAAUUGGGCAAAUUCUCAUAAACUUACUUUCUCUGGAAUUGAUUCCUCGUACAGUUUACCCAAAAAUGUUGCUGUUAUAACUUUACAGGAAAUUCACGAUCGAAACGUUCUACUUCGAUUGGCUCAUUUGUAUGAGACUGGAGAGGAAAAGGAAUAUUCAGUGAUUACUAGAGUAGAACUAAAGAAGCUAUUUCCAGAAGAGGAGAUCAAGAGGGUAACAGAAAUGAACUUGUCUGCAAAUCAAAAAAGGACAGAUAUGGAGAAGAAACGAAUGGUGUGGAAGGUAGAGAAUGGUUCAGAUGAAGUUAAAGCCAAGAGAGGAGAAGCUGUAGACCCUAAAAAGUUAGUGGUGGAACUCUCCCCUAUGGAAAUCAGAACCUUUAUCAUUGAGUUGGGUGAGAAGCUCAACCGCAAACUGGUUUUUGAUGCCUAAUAUGCUCAAGUAAGUUGCUGGUCUCUGGUCUCCGUUUUGAGUAUUGUUUUUUGUUCUCUGACUAUUGAGGUUAACCUUUCAGUUUCCUAUUGAACGGAAAUAUAUAUAUAUAUUCAUAUAUAUAUA